CCUCAGCGUCCAGUGACAGCUGACACUUCCGGGAAGAUGGCGGCUUGGAGAACGGGAUUCCUUGGAUUUGCUCGUAAAUUGGUGGCCCUCGGGGGCCCCGGGAUACGGAUAGCGCCCGGAGUGACUCGUAUGGCUGGAGUGGCCCUGGCCGGUGCUGGGGCAGUGUAUUCCGGGCUGCUGCUAGUGAAGAAUGGCGGAUACAGGAGCCCGGGAGUGCUGCUGGUGUGCGCAGAGAGUAAAGAAGUUGUUGACGAGGCACAAGAAAAGCAGUCUCUCCGGAAGCAGCGCUUUAUGCAUUUUGCCUCUGUGGAGUAUGAUGGAGAACAUUACAUGACCCCGCGUGACUUCCUCUUCUCAGUAAUGUUUGAACACCUUCAGCAUAAAACCAACAUUCGGACACUGACAAAAAAGGAAUUUGAAUCCAUGCUUUCUCAGGCAGCUAAAGCUAAACCAGGGCCAAAAUUUUUCCGAGAUUUAGGUGAUAAAGGGCUGAUCUCCUACACGGAGUACCUCUUUCUGCUGACGAUUCUUACAAAACCAAAAACUGGAUUCCAGAUUGCAUUCGAGAUGUUAGACGCUGAUGACAAUGACCAAGUCGACAAGAAAGAGUUUUUUAAGUUGCAGAAGAUCCUUGGCACAAAAGAUGAACUCAAGACGGACUCCGUGCAGGAGUCCAUUUCAGACAGUGCAGAUAUCAACACAACCUUGCUUGUUCAUUUCUUUGGACGUGGAGGACGGGAUAAGCUGCAGUAUUCCAGUUUCUACAGCUUUAUCGAAAAUCUGCAGACGGAGGUGCAAGAAAUGGAAUUUGCACAGUUCUCAAAGGGUUUGGACUUCAUGAGGAAAGAGGAUUUCGCAGAAUGGCUGCUUUUUUUCACAGAUGAGGAGGACAAUGACAUCUACUGGCAUAAUGUGAGGACAAGGAUCCCCCCGGGAGAAAGUAUCAGCAUAGAGGAGUUUAAGACAUUUUAUCACUUCAUGAACAAUCUGGAAGAUUUCUCCAUCACUAUGAAAAUGUUUAGUUCUGCAAACAAAGCCGUGAAACUGGCUGAAUUCAAACGAUCAGUGAAAGUGGCAACAGGACAGGAAUUAUCAGAAAAUGUCCUGGAUACAGUCUUCAAGAUCUUUGAUCUUGAUGGAGACAAUUGUUUAAGCCAUGGAGAGUUUUUGGGUGUCCUGAAGAACAGGCUCCAUAGAGGAUUAAAGCAUGUGCCGCAGCAGCAAGGAUUACAAGGCUACUGGAAAUGUGUCAAGCGGGAAACCAUUAAAGGAGCCAACGAAGUCUUAAAACAAGUCGGGAAGAGUCCGUUUUAAGGCUGUGCUGAGAUUUUAGGAGAUUGUCCUUUCCAUAUAUGUGUGUUUAGGUAUUGUUUACUGGUUUAUCGCAGUCUGUUCUGCCGCACCGGUCUCAUUCGCCUCUUCUUCCUGUGCCGUAUCUGUACUGAACAGGCUCUGCCGUCCUGUAUCUGACGUAGGCCUCACGUGCUGCUCCAGUGCCUGGGAAAUAAUCACCCCGGAAGGCUUUGCCAUUCUUAUCAUGCAACAAAUACCCAGAUUUAUAUGAUUUCCUCUGACCUCGGCAGGUGUCAUACUUAUAUCCCAUAGAUUAUUCCUCAGAGGAGCUGGAAAUUCAUAAGUUAUAGGGGAUUGUCUGAGGGAAAUCAAACACUUCCGUCCUGCCCUCAUUAACAAGACCACGCUUGUCCAGUGCCUAUGUCUGGUAUUGCACCUGAAUGUAUUAUAGAGAAGCAGUCUGCUUUAGUAAAUUCUUGCUUUCCCCAUGCAAUAACAAUUGUCAAUUUAGGCCCCUUUCAGACGAGCGGGUGUCACGCUGCGGACUCGCAGCAUGACACCCGGCUUCAACUUCCAGCACUGAGGUGUCCCAUAGCAAUAUAUUGAUUUACGAUGCUAUGUAACCCGUAGAGGUCUGGAAUGUAUUGGACAAAACUGACAGCAGGCUUACAUAGCAUCAUAAAUCAAUAUAAUGAUAUGCGACCCCGUCAGUGCUGGAAGUUCAGGCCGGGUGUCACGCUGCGAGUCCAUAGAGUGACACCCGCUCGUCUGAAAGGGGCCUUAUUCUAACAUUUACAGGAUGAUUAAUAGAGGAAGGACACAACACAGUAUUGAAAGGUGCCAUAGGGAUUACAAGCAGUUAAUAAAACAGACCUGUUAGGAGGGGACAGUUGCUCUUUGAGGAGCCCCACAUUAGGUAAUGGAUGUUCCACUAAUGGAGUGAAGCACUUACCGGUCCGGUAAAGUAAUUCUCCGGUGCUGGGAGCCAUCACUGGGCGCGCUGAUGUGUGCAUCCGUAUCUGUGUACCGUAUACGACCGCGUGCUUCUUGUAGCAUGUCAUCCUCGGAUGUAUAUAAAAUAUACACACAGAUCGUCCAGGAUCAGGUAUUGUAUUCAGACUAUUGCAUUGCACAAAUGACAUGUUGGUAGGGCAUCUCUCGUCUAGGACGGCCUCUUUCUUUGGAUGAACCAUUCAUUUACAAGCCGUAUACAAAAAUCUCAGUAUCCAGAGUAAGCGUCCUGUAAAUGGACAUUCUCUGUAUCCCUAACUAACAUGACAUAUAUUAUCCGUCCACAAGAUGGCGAUAUACACCAAAGCACUGUGAUGAUAACGCUGUCCUUGGCUAUCUCCGGCAGUCCCAUAGAGAAUGGAUGGAACGGCAGCGCACUUGCUUGACUUAAUGCUCCUUUCAUUUAAGGACACAGGACCCCCCGUUCUUGUGAUUGUUUAGACCCCGAGCGAUCAGAUACUUAUCUACUAGCCUGCGGAUACGUAAAUACAUUUGUAUUGAGGGAAAACCCCUUUAAGCAUAAAACUUUAACAAAAAGGUCAUUGAAAAGAAAAAAAAGAUAUAUUGGUACUUUGUGAUCUGUAGUAGCCCAACUUCUGGGAGCACCAACAAACCCUCAGCGGAGCUCCCUGCCACCCCCCAAUCCCCUAACUGUACAGGGAACUACAGCUGACCACAUUGACUAAAACAGGGCCAUGUUUCAGUUCCCAGUAAAGCUGGGAGAGACUCUGUCCAAAGCAAGACAGCGAAGGGGACACAGGACUACACCAGUGCAGCGCCCCCUUCAUUCUCAUGAUCGGUGGAGGUCCUAGAGGUCAGAAUCCCACUGAUCAUAAACUCCUUUAAUCCAUCGCAUUGGAAUGAUCUGUCUUUAUAUCAGUUUACAAAAUUAUUCCUGAAAGGGGUUGCCCCAUCUCGCCGUUUCCACAGCAAGCCAGGUGCCUGGGCUUAGAGAAACUGCCGAGGGGCCAGGUGCUCCCCUCCUUUGACAGAGCCAGGCAGACACGAUCGCAUUUACCCUGCCUGGUCCUGUCAAUUAAAGUGCAGAGGGCGCAGCAGUUGCAGAGAAGGAAGAGCCUCUAGGUGUAAUGGUAACGCCCCCGUUGCUCCUAGAGGCUCAUUUGCAUAUAGUAAAACAUAAUUUUCCUCCGCAAUGCAGGCACUUAUGAAUAUGGGACCAACACAGAUGCCUUCAGCUGCCAAGUGCACAUGUAACAGGUCAGCCAGUGUCAUAGCUUCUCUAUGGAAAACUGCACAUUCAUCACAAAAUUCCCAGCUCGUCAAAUCUCAUGAAUGUUUCCUCCUGUGGUGAUUGCCAACAGAGCAGGUUUACUGAAAUAAUGUGCCAAAAACUGGAGUAGAAUCCGCUUGUGCGGCCAUCAGUGUGUUCUGUACUGAUUGUAGUGUUUACAGGGGAUACAGUCUAUACGGUGACAGGGUAACUAAUCCGUAUUUUUUUAUGCGCUCCAUGUUUGGUUAUAACAAGAAAAUGCAUUCAUCAAAGAAAUGAGUGUUUUUAGUUUAUGUGAUGUUUGAGUUCUUUUGUUUUCUGAGGUAUCCUCUUGUAAAAUGAUUGUUAUUAUACUCUUGAUUAUAGUCUUGCAAUAAAUAAAGGUGGAAUUAUAACCUUG